AUGACUACAAGAGGGAAUAUGCGUCUUUCAGCAAGCGAUAAAAGUGAGGAAUUCGUAGUCAUGUCACAGGCUCUUGAUCGGGAAAUAACAAAUCUUCACUUGCAAGAUGAAACGAUCUAUCGCCGCGUAACAGAGAAAGAAUUCUUUGUGCAGUGCAAAUGCUUGAAUCAUGUAUGGAUGUCAGGAAAAUCUGCUGGUCUUGACAAACGAUUUGUAAGCCGCCUGAAGCUUGACAAACCGUCCUGCCCUGUGUUCUAUAGCCUCAUCAAAACGAGUAAGCUGAACCCCGAUGAGAUGAACUCAACAUCAGCGGCAACAUUCAAAAUCCGACCAGAAAUAAGUUGUGUGGGAGGACCAACGGAUCGAAUUUCGUGGUUCCUUAAUAAAAUCAGCAUAACGGCAGAAGAGCAGCGAAAGCGGAAGGUGCCGACUUUUAAGCUUCAGCUCGAUUACGUUCUGACGAAGAUCAUACAUUUGUCAGAUAUUCGGAAAUCUAGAGCUGUCUGGGACGUCGCAUUCGAUUCAAACCAGCGCCCAGUUCUUCUCAGCUUUAUGGUAUGGUUCCACAAAAGGUAUUGGGGAGCUCAACAUCAACCGAAGCUCGACUUGGCAGCACCGAGGAAGACGUUCGCCUUUGCAUCUACGGAGACAAUAUCCAUGUACAAUUCCGUAUGUGUUGCCCGCAAUACUGGUAACUUCAGCCCGGAGAAGGGUCUGAGAAAGAGGUUGCGUCGUCAGCUGAAACGUGUUCGUGAGAACGAAUGGACGUCAAGAGCGAAGGAGUUUGAGAAGGCGUGGGAGGACAAGAACCCGAGAAAAGCCUAUACUCUGCUAAUGCAGUAUAGCUGCAAGAUGAAGAGGAGUUCGCCUGUCCUGAACACAGCCAAUGGAGAUGCUGUCGGGGAGACAAACUUGCCCAUCUGGAGGAAGCAUUUUAACACUUUACUGAACCGACAAGCGCCGUUUAUCCCUGCACUCGUGCACGCCCAAGGACAGAUAUACCAUGGAAUAGCGCAGAAAUGCUAA